AUGGCGCCCAUGGCGCGCUUGACAUGCUUAGCCGCUUUCCUGGCUUUGGCAGCUUCUUGUGCGGAAGUGCUUCAGCCCACACUGCUGAGACGCCAGGAGGUGGAACCUGAAUUGGUGGAGGAGCUUCUGUCCGGCCCACGGCAUGAUGCUCGCAGACACAAGAAGGGGUCCCGUGGGCAGCGGCAUGGUGUGAAGCAUCACGCCAUCAGCCACCUCAAGGUCAACCAGACUGCGAACCAGAACCAGGGCAAGGACAUCCCGGCCUGUGGCGCCGACUACACUUGUGACGAGAAGCGGACAGAGUCCCUUGGAAACUAUGCCAAAAAACACCUGGCCGUCUACACCUACAACAUCGGCUCCUAUGAGGGUGGCAUGCGGGAGAAGAACAUCCCCUGCGUUCCCCAGAAUGUAGAUGCCUUUCUGUUCCUCGACCACGACACAUGGGAGCGCUCGAACCAGACCUCGCUGGGUAUUUGGAAGAGGAGGGGCUGGCAGAUCAAGUCAAUUUCUCUUCAAGCUGGAACGGAGUUUGUGACGGGUGCGAGGCUGACGUCGAAGCUUCUAAAAUUCACACCACCGUCGUGGCUCUUGAACGGACAGUGGGACUGGCUCGUGGAAUUCGAUGGAAAUGUUGUCCUGGAUUUGCUACGAGUUGGUCCAUUCCUGGACAAGUACUCGCUCAAACCUUUGCUACUCCUGGAUUGGAGCUAUCAUGAGAGCUGUGGCGAAGAUGGCUUUAGCUGCUUCAGCCACGAACUGAAGUCAAUGCUCCACAACCGUCGGCAGUACAUCGAGGACUCCAAGGAGAACAUCGUGGCAUGGCAGGAAAAGCUGACGAAGGAGCAUCAAGGUGGGACCCGGGUCAGCCUUCCAUAA